UAGAUCCUUUGGCCGAAGGAGUGUUCAUGUGGGGUGGUAUCUUGGCCUGGUGGAGGGGGAUGCGAUGGUAGUGCGAAUAUUAGGUAUUCGUAUCUUUCCUCCCGUGUCAAACGUUGCCAGGCACGUUCCUUUCGCGCCUCCCACCCUCCAUUCCGGAUUAAUUCCAAGUUUAAUUCCAAAUAUUAGAGUGUGGUAGAAAAGGUCAAAUAGAGCAGCCACGGACUAAGCAAUCGUCCCUCCGCGUGUGGUGGGGGCUGCAGCGCCUGUAGCUCCACGCUCCGCCCCGCCGCCGCUGAUUGUCCCGCGCCUUGUGACGUCACACGCGGGUUUUUAAGGCCGAACCCUAGGCAGGCUCUGCAGAGGCAGCGGUUGGAGGCGCGCUGGGUGUCUGCGGGGGUCUCGCGGGGCGGCUGCGGUGUUUCACUGGGAAAGGCUGGAGGAAAGCGCGGCUCACGAGAGAUAACCCAGUUGUGCUCCCUGGAACCUUCAAUUUCAAGGCCUCCCUGCCUCUACUAGGCGCCUUAGCUCACUAUGGGGAACCACUUGACUGAGAUGGCGCCCACUGCCUCCUCUUUCUUGCCCCACUUCCAAGCCCUGCAUGUCGUGGUCAUUGGGCUGGACUCUGCUGGAAAGACCUCCCUCCUUUACCGCCUCAAGUUCAAGGAGUUUGUCCAGAGUGUCCCCACCAAAGGCUUCAACACCGAGAAGAUCCGGGUGCCCCUCGGGGGAUCGCGUGGCAUCACCUUCCAAGUGUGGGACGUCGGGGGGCAGGAGAAGCUGCGACCACUGUGGCGCUCUUAUACCCGCCGGACAGAUGGUCUAGUGUUUGUGGUGGACGCUGCGGAGGCUGAGCGGCUUGAGGAGGCCAAGGUGGAGUUGCACCGAAUCAGCCGGGCCUCGGACAACCAGGGCGUGCCAGUGCUGGUGCUGGCCAACAAGCAGGACCAGCCCGGGGCACUGAGCGCUGCUGAGGUGGAGAAGAGGCUGGCAGUCCGAGAGCUAGCAGCCGCCACUCUCACUCAUGUGCAAGGCUGCAGCGCUGUGGACGGUCUGGGCCUGCAGCAGGGCCUGGAGCGCCUCUAUGAGAUGAUCCUCAAGAGGAAGAAGGCAGCUCGGGGUGGCAAGAAGAGACGGUGACCCGAGCCCCCCCUCCCUUUCCUCCCACCUAGUAGGGGUCUGCACACUUGGACAGCAGGGUGGGGCCAGCCUGUGACCUCUCAGUCACACUGGGGUGCAGGACCUGUCCACCUCAAUGAAGGAGAGAGGAGCAUGAGGGGUCCUGUUUUGGCGCCACACAGGGGUGGGGAUGGGAGAUGGGAUGUCUUUGCACAUCUCUCUCAUCGUCUCUGAAGAAGUGGGCGCUGCAGGACUGUGGAGACGUAAAUGUAAACUGUGACUCUACCUCGACCCUGUUUCUUGUUUUUCUUCUCUGGCUAUUUAAUUGGAUGUGUUUGGGGGCGGGGGGGAUGGAAGUGACUUGGAGAAUGUGUUUGGGAUGAAAUAACUAUCUCCCCGUCCUCUGUCCCCCAACUGGGGAGUCUCCCCAGGCUGCUUUUCUAGGGAUACCAGUCACGUAGUUUUUAUUUUUGUGUCUGUGAAAGUGCCAAGAACCCCUCCCCACAUUUGUAGAUCCAUGACCCUUUUUAUGAGCCGUAUGUGUCCUCUGUAUUAUUGUUAUUAACUAUUUUUUAGCAUUUGCCUGUAAGUUAUUAAAGACUGAUAACUGUAGCUCUUA